CUGCUGUAGCAGAAGAUGUCGGUGACAAAUUGGGGAAGGAUGGAGGUUGCUGUUAACGUCGCGUUUGUUCUCUGCUUUUUUGUCACAACUGGUGUUCAUGGAGACAGCUUGACGGUGCUGCAGGCUCCAGAGUUUGUGGCAUUCCAGAAAGGUGACUGGCCUGUAUCUGGAGAGAACAUCCCAGACCUGGUUGCUCUAACAAUGGGCUUCUCUGUUCAAGAGGACUUGUCCUGGCCUGGACUUCAGGCCGGUCCGUUGUUCCAGCGACCCCGAGCUAAUGUGCUUGUGGCAGUGAGAGGAGUUAAUAACUUGUCCCUGCCUCAGAAUGUGGCCUCUUACCCCCUGGAAAAUCCAGUACCCUUCACCCUGGAUAGUGUUGCAGAGACUGUGCACUCUUUGUUUGCUGAGUACACCCCUGUGGUGCUGCAGCUGGCCCCCAGUGAGGAGCGACUUUAUAUGCUCGGGAAGGCUAAUGCUGUGUUUGAGGACCUGCCGGUCACCUUGCAGCAGAUCCGUGCCCGUCUGUCCCAGGAUGGCUCAGUGCUGACUUCUCUUCCCCUUAACUCUCUCAGCAGGAAUUCAGAGCUACAGAGGCACAGACAUUUGGCUAAGGAUUACUCCCCGGACCUGUACUCUCUGGAGCUGUCUGGCUUGGAGGAGCUGAGUCGACUUUAUGGCAAAGACUCUCCUCAGUACAACGACGCCACGGCUAUUCUCUCUUCUGUCCUUCAGAAGUUUGGUGAGGAUAUGUAUCGUCUUUAUGGGAACAGCGCUGUAGUGGAGGUUAUUACAGUGAAGACUUUUGAAGCCCCUUUAACUAGAAAGUCACGUUCGAUCCUGGAAUCCAAGCAGAUUAGUAACCCAGGCAGUCCUUACAACCUGGCUUACAAGUACAACUUUCAGUACGCCGUGAUCUUCAACAUUGUGCUGUGGCUGAUGAUCGCCCUGGCCCUCGCUGUCAUCGCCACCGCCUACAACCUGUGGAACAUGGACCCUGGAUAUGACAGCAUCAUCUACAGGAUGACCAAUCAGAAAAUCAGGAUGGACUAAGUCCUGACCAUCAGCACCCCUGUCGUCCCUUUGGAGCUCCUUUGUGAAUGUUUGUGUUUCAUGUGAGAUUGUGAAAAAAAAAAGUGCUGGUUUGAUGGGAGGAAGAGCACAAUACUCAGUCACCUUUCUGUUUACAGUGCUAACAUUAAAAGUUAGGGAUUUGAUAGUUUAAAAAAAGAAAUCAGCAUGAUAGUAGUGAUAUUUUAGCUUGUCUUUAAUAUUAUCCUUGGCUGUAUUUAAACUUCCUCCCUUCAACUACUCAGCAGACAUCAUUCCAUCCACCUUUUAACUCCUCACUAACUUUAUUUCCUCUGGUGAUUGCAGCUGUAUUUUUUGUUGUAAAAAUAUUAGAUGUGAUCUAAUGUCAUGAAAGAAUGUGAUUGGUCUGGUUUGUGUUUGUUCUGUUGUGCAAAAUAGUUUUAAGUUAAAUAAAAUCUAUCUUUAUAUAUUGAAUAUACAUAUAUGUUUCAGGAACUGCUGUAAUGUUAUUGUAAAAAGAUUGUGUCCAUGUUGUUUUUUGCUGUGCUUCUAAUUCAGAUAGAUACUUGCUGGAUUACAUAAACAAACUUGAAUAAAAUGUUUUGUUGUUAAAAUUGAAUAUGUGUUAAAUGAAGCUCUGUAAAUUGCAUUGAAUGGUUAAAAAUAAAUUAUGUGGAUCUA